AUGACGGAUCCAAAGUUGCUUGCAGAUCUUUCCCGAAGCUUCUCCAACCUUUUCCAAGACCCACAACUUGCAGAUGUUACCAUCGAGGUUGGUGAACCGCCGGAUAACAAAACAUUCUUGGCGCAUUCAGGCUUGCUAUUUGCACGUUCGCCUCACUUUGCCUCAGCACUUAAGAAUGAAUGGAUUAAACGCAAAAAAGGGAAUGACAUUAAAAUUUCCAAGCCAAGUAUUGCACCAUACAUUUUCGAGAUAAUUCUCAGAUUUAUGUACACCGGCAUAAUUUCUCUUGACGAUCAGACCAUCUCCACCAUUCUUGGUAUUUUAGUUGCGGCAGAUGAAUUCCUCCUGGAAGACCUUACCCAACACCUCCAAAGCUAUUUGAUUGAAAGCCGCAAGGAGUUAAUCCAGAAAAAUUUUGCAACAGUUACUCAAUUCGUAUUCAAGCAUGGGAAUUUCAAGAGACUUCAAGAGUACUGUACCGUACGUUCCGCUUCAAAUCCUGCUGCCAUUUUUCAAGCCGACGACUUUCCUUCCCUUGACGAGAAUAGUUUGGCUGCUCUCAUUGGUAGGGAUGACCUCGAAAUAGAAGAAAUCGAAAUCUGGAAUAAUGUCCUUAGAUGGGGAAUCGCUCAGAUGGAUUCGUUGCCUCCAGACCGUGCUCAAUGGACCGAUAGCGAUUUCACUGCACUCGAAACUUUACUACGCCGAUGCUUGUCAAAAAUACAAUUUUUCAAUAUUUCAUCCAUCGACUUUUACAAUAAAGUCUUACCAUAUGUUAAAUUAUUGCCCGGUACUUUACAUCAAGAUCUUCUUCACCAUUAUCUUGUUCACAAAAGUCAUGGUGAAUCUAUUUCUCGAUCUUUGGAUUCGGUUCUCUUGAACUAUUCCGAUAUUCGUCAAAUCGAUUUCUGGAUCAACGGGAAUGAUACGACUCUUACAUCUCUUAUUCCCAUUACUCACAGGUUUAAUCUCAUCUUCCGCGGUUCUCGUGAUGGUUUUACCGGAGACGAUUUUCAUCGACUAUGUGACGACAAGGGACCUACACUGGUAGUCGUAAAGACUAACAAGGGGAAUCAAUUGAUUGGUGGAUAUGCACCAAAGAGUUGGCAUUCGCAGAACCGAUGGGAAAAUGGUGCGGGAAGCUUUAUCUUUUCCUUAGGAGAUCAGAAUGGUCGUAAUCCCAUUCUAAGUCGAUACAAAUCCGGCCCAGGACUUGCGUGCUGGAAAUCACAUGGUCCAAUCUUUGGUGAGUACAGAGAUUUGGGCAUAUUCGAUGUUCAUAUUCAGAAAUCUAGCAAUAAUUACUGUAAAAAGCGGGAUUACUUGGUUGCUAUCAUCCCAGGAUCUGAGACAGAAUACGUAGGGUUUGGUGUGAAGGAAUGUGAAAUCUUUCAAGUUAUUGAUAAAUUGAUCGAUUAG